GUCAGAUCACUUACAGUUGUGUCUAGACCUCAAGACCAAGUCCCAGACCCAGAUCGUAACCGGUUUUGAGACUUUUGUGGACCAUGUUUGACUGCAUGGAGGCGCUCGGUCUGCCCAGGCCUCUCUUUGAUGUUUCGGGACAGGGGUCUUGUAUGUUGGCCAAGGCUACUCCUUACUUCUCCAGCUUGGAUCACUUCGCAUGGACUGGCUCAAGCUCCAAUAACCUACAGUCGGUGGAGACACAGAGCACCAGCUCAGAGGAGAUGGUGCCCAGCUCCCCCUCUCCCCCCCCUCCUCCUCGAGUCUACAAACCCUGCUUCGUGUGCCAGGACAAGUCCUCGGGGUAUCACUACGGGGUCAGCUCCUGCGAAGGCUGCAAGGGCUUUUUCCGGCGUAGCAUCCAGAAGAACAUGGUUUACACGUGUCACCGAGACAAGAACUGCCAGAUCAACAAAGUCACAAGAAACCGCUGUCAGUACUGCCGCCUACAGAAGUGCUUCGAGGUCGGCAUGUCCAAAGAAGCGGUCCGAAAUGACAGGAACAAGAAGAAGAAGGAGGUGAAGGAGGAGGUGGUGGUUCCUGAGAGUUAUGAGCUGAGCGGAGAACUGGAAGAGCUGGUGAAUAAAGUCAGUAAAGCUCACAAGGAGACAUUCCCCUCUCUGUGUCAGCUCGGAAAGUACACCACGAACUCGAGUGCAGACCAGCGUGUGCAGUUGGACCUGGGUCUGUGGGAUAAGUUCAGUGAGCUCUCCACCAAAUGCAUCAUAAAGAUCGUGGAGUUUGCCAAACGUCUGCCCGGCUUCACCACCCUCACCAUCGCCGACCAGAUCACCCUGCUCAAGUCCGCCUGCCUCGACAUCCUGAUGCUGAGGAUUUGCACACGGUACACUCCGGAGCAGGACACCAUGACGUUUUCAGACGGCCUGACUCUGAACCGCACACAGAUGCAUAACGCAGGCUUUGGGCCCCUCACUGACCUUGUGUUCGCCUUCGCUGGACAACUGCUGCCCCUGGAGAUGGACGACACAGAGACCGGCCUGCUCAGCGCCAUCUGCCUCAUCUGUGGAGACCGUCAGGACCUGGAGGAGCCUCAGAAGGUGGACAGGCUGCAGGAGCCUCUGCUGGAGGCUCUGAAGAUCUACACCCGCCGCAGACGCCCAAACAAACCACACAUGUUCCCACGCAUGCUCAUGAAGGUGACCGACCUGCGCGGGAUCAGCACCAAAGGCGCAGAGAGAGCCAUCACCCUGAAGACAGAGAUCCCUGGACCCAUGCCUCCUCUGAUCAGGGAGAUGCUGGAGAACCCCGAGGCCUUCGAGGACAGCUCCGACUCGGGAUCAGGCGAGAGCAGCACCCCCACCCCGCCGGGCCCCCCUCCAGCCAUCCAGGCCAUCAAACAGGAGGACAAGUCCACGUACGAGUCCCCCGCCGAGGAAGAGGAGGAGGAGGAAGAGGAGGAGGACUUUUGGGAGGAGGAGAGAGACAGAGAGAGGGGGGAGAGCGAUGGAGAGACCAGCGGAAACAAGCAGUGAGGAGAGUGGACAGCUGAGGUUAAAGGUCCCAUAUUACGAAAAACAGAAGCUUAGAAUGUUGUUACCUCCUUAAAAACAACCAUGGAGCACUUGGUAUUACCUGUAUUACCACUUAAUGACGUCACGAGGUGGAACAGAGUGUUUUUAGUUUAAACUGUUAAAACACAGCCAAAAUAUGCAUGUUUUUGAUGAGGAAACAACAUUCGAACAUCAAUUAAACAUGAGUGUAAUAUGGGCUCUUUAAAGUGUGAUGGCGCGGUCUUGGGUCGGUACAGUUUCGUUAAUUUGGUUAUAAAAACGUUAAAAACACAACUAGUUCAUUUUCAACAGUUUGCAGUUCUCCACAAUGAGUUUACCAUUGUUGUAAAGUAAACAAUUCGCAUGCUAGUAGUGUACUUCCUGAUUAUCGGAUGCUAAAACGCUUCAUAAUGAUAUUCAGACAGAACACUGAUCUUAUUUUUUCUUAUUUUUGAAGGUGCACUAUGUAAUUUUUUGGUUAGGGGUCUGUCACUUGCUGGUUUCUAUGGCGAUGUCAUUGCUCUGUCUGGAAUGUUCCACAGUAUGACAUUAAACAGCUCUACCUUGCAGUAUAUUUAUUCAGUUACGUACAUUUAUAGCUCAAAAAUACCUAAAAAAUGCCUAGUGUUGUGACUGUGAGCGGGGUCGCCUCUCCAUAGAUCUGACCUGUAAAUUGGUGUAG